AUGGAGGAAGAUGGAUUGUUAGAAGUGGAUUUAGAAAUCAAAGAAACCAAGGACCAAGAUGAAGAAGUGGCACUGCCACCUGUCAAGGAGAAAGAAAAGGUUAUGAAACCAACCAUCAAACUCCCUUACCCUCCAAGACAGAAGAAGAAAUAUCAACAUGAAAAAAAAAUUGAGAGUGUCAUUCUUCAAGGUAUGAAAAUCCCAGUGAAAAAGAAAGAUAGGGGAUCGGUCACUAUUCCAUGCACUAUCGGUGAUAGAAAAUUCAAGAAGGCUCUGACUAACUUAGGAGCGAGUGUAAGCUUGAUGCCUCUAUCCAUCUAUAAGAAAUUAGGCAUUGGCACCGUUCAAGAUACUCGGAUGACACUUCAGUUUGCUGAUCACUCUGUUAGGCGACCCUAUGGGAUUAUGGAAGACGUUCUUGUAAAAAUUGACAAGUUUGUUUUCCCAGUUGACUUCGUCAUUCUAGAAAUGCCCGAAGAUGAGGAGAUUCCUCUCAUAUUGGGCAGACCAUUCUUGGAGACAGGACGAUGUGUGAUAGACAUAGAGGAAGGAACAAUAACCCUCAAAGUCUAUGAUGAAGAGUUAAAGAUAGAUAUACAGAACAUAAUGCAAUACAAAGAUGAUAUUGGCACAAGCCACACGGUAGAAAUAAUAGAUCAAGUAAUUGCUCAAGAAAUUGAAAAGCAAAUGCCCCAGUCAUCGUUAGAACGUGUCUUGAGUCUAUCGAUUUUUGAAAGUGAUGAAGAUGAGGGUGAUUUUGAGGUACUUGCUAUGAUGGAAAAACAACCUAAAUGGAUUGGAUGUAAAUCACGUCGGUGGGAAGAUUUAAGGCCACCACCACCUGAUAUCACUAAAGAACCCAAAACAAGGGAAAAUUUGAAGCAGCUACCAGCAAAUCUGAAGUAUGUAUUUCUAGAUACUGGAAAAAAAAUGCCCAUUGAUUAUCAAUGCCAGUCUACAAAGUGUCCAAGAAGCAGAAAUCAUUCAAGUGCUAAAAAAAUACAAGGGUGCAAUCGGAUGGGCAAUCGAGGAUUUGAAAGGUAUAAGCUCGACAGUUUGCAUGCAAAAGAUCUUAAUGGAAGAUGA